AAAACAUAUAACAUGUUUUGAUUUUUCGGCUUUCGUUUAACACGCAUACUUUAUUCAUCAUCGAGUUGACUGCAUCAGUAUUACUAUUUUAAUAUUUUCGUGUGUGCUGUUGUAUACAUCAAAUAAUAUCAUGGACACCCCUAACCACGGAUCCGUUAAGGAUAUGGGAGAUAUUGGAGAAGUUUUACGUGACGUGACUGAUUUAUCACCUGAAGAUUUGAAAAAACAGAAUAGAAACCUACAGAAAUUUUUAGUUAAAGUGAUUGAUAUGUUAAAAGAAAAGGCCGAUCGAUGUGUCACACAGGAAAAACAUAUUGAAGCGCUCACGUUACAAACGACUUCAUUGAAAGAAGUUGUGGACAUCACAAAACACAUGUUGGCUAUUCGUAACACAGAAGUGAAUCGUAUGACAGAAGAUUUGGAAAGUCUUCAAGGCAAAAUCAACGAAGAGAGAACUCGUCACAGUGCAAUAAUUGAAAAAAUGAAUUUAGCCGCUAAGUUAAAUGAUGAACUCAGAUCUGAAUAUAAACAACAAUCUGAACGUUUUGAAAAUAUGCGCGUUAAGUACGACGAAAAGUUUUCAAUACUUUCGGAAGAAAAUAAAAGAUUACAAGAUGCACAACCCACCGAAACGACUGAUUGAAAAGCUUUUUCUAACUAUCUAUUUUUAAAUGUACGUAAGCAAUAACUAUUAUUUAACAUUUAACUAAUAUAUAAUUAUUUAUUGUUCUACAAAAAAAAAAACUGUUGUAUAACAAUUAUUACAAGAGAAUAAUUUCCAAAACAAUAAAAAAAAAAAAUACAAAAUUAUAAAAUCUAUAAUAAAAUAAAUUCACUUGACGAUCUUGAGCACGAUAUCAAAUAACCAGAUGACCGUGAUCUUGAUCCAUUAAACACAAUUUAUAAGAUUAUCAAUUUGGAUAUCUAUAUGUUAUUUAUUUAAUGUUUUGAAUGUAUAAUGUAUGUAUAUAAUGUAAUAUGUAUGGAAUCAAUAUAAUUAUAUCGGUAUAGGAUAGAUAAUAUAGACGAAUAGAUGGCGAAUCACUUACCUUUAUUAUAUUAAUAUCUAGCUUAAAAUAAUGAACUAUUUCAGUUCAAUUUUAGAAUCAUAAAACCAAUAGAAAAAUAUAAUAUUGUUUCCACAAUUCCACACUAUAAAUAACUAUUCAACAUGAACAUGUUUUUAAAAAAUUAUCAUGAUUCUAUUUAUCAACUACAUAUUUUAAACAAUAUCGAAUAUAUACAAUUACGAAAUAUCUAGUUAUUGAAAGCAUGAUAAUUCUUAUAAAUGUUAAAUUAUUGUAUAUUUAAUUUUCCAUUGCAUAGUAUGUAUAAUUAAUUACAUUUAUAUAUAUUUGUUAUAUUUAUGAAAAUAUAUACAUUUUAAUAGGC